AUGACUCGCACCGGUCCUCAUGUUGAAGUCGACGCCAUCGUCGUCGGCGGUGGCUUUGGCGGUUGCAACUCGCUCUAUAAGUUGCGACAACUGGGCCUUUCCGUGAAGCUCAUCGAGGCUGGUAGCGCCUUCGGUGGUGUCUGGCACUGGAACCGCUAUCCCGGUGCCCGUGUGGAUACGGAGAUGCCCUCAUAUCAGUUUAACAUUCCGGCUGUGUAUAAGGGGUGGAACUGGUCGGAGCGCUUCCCGGGCGAUGAGGAACUCCGCGCAUACUUCCACCAUGUCGACAAUGUGCUGGGUUUGAGCAAGGAUACUUUUUUCAACACCAUUGUCAGCCGUGUGCAGUAUGACUCGGUUUUACAGCGAUGGAAUGUUCAGACCGAGACGGGCUUGACGGCCACUUGCAAGUACCUCAUCGUGGCGACCGGAUCUUCGCACAAGAAGCACUAUCCCGAUUUCAAAGGACUGAACCAGUUCGGUGGAAAGCUGGUCCAUGCGGCUGACUAUCCUAACUCUUUGGAUGUGAAGGGUAAGCGCGUUGGCAUUGUCGGAAACGGCGCUUCUGGUCUGCAGAUUGUGCAAGAUCUAGCGAAGGAAGACUGUGAUCUGAAGGUCUUCAUUCGCACGCCUUGUUUUGCCAUCCCAAUGAAGCAACGUCAAAUCGCCCCCGACGAAGCGGAGAUGAUGAAGGGCUACUACGAUGCUAUCUUUGACCGCAACUACAAAUCCAUGACCGGCUUCCCGCACAACACCCGAUUCCAAUCUGCGCAUCAGGCUACCCCUGAGGAGCGCAAGGAAUUGUUCGACGAGCUGUGGGAUCGCGGUGGCUAUAGCUUCUUGGUCUCGAAUUACUACGAUUUUCUCCUGGAUGAGGGUGCCAACUCUAUCUUCUACGACUACUGGGUUCAAAAGGUUCGCGCUCGCAUGACGAACGUCGAGAAAAUGGAUCUGGUCGCUCCUCUGAAACAGCAGAUGCUGAUUGGUACCAAGAGGCCUAGUCUGGAGCAGGACUACUAUGAGAUGAUCGAUCGGCCGAAUGUGACUCUGCACGAUCUGAAGAAAUCACCAAUCAUGGAAUUCGACUCGAGCGGAAUGGUGACCAGCAAUGGCGCAGAGACUCAGCACCAUGACCUGGAUGUGCUCAUUUUCGCUACUGGCUACGAUGCCGUGACUGGUAGCUUGCUUGACCUGUCUAUUUCAGAUAAGAACCAGGUUCCUCUGACCGAGAAGUGGAAGAAUGGUGUUCUGACACAUCUCGGAAUGAUGGUGCCUGAUACUCCGAACCUGUUCAUGGUCUAUGGCCCGCAGGCCCCGACUUCCCUGGCUAAUGGUCCGCCUUUCAUCGAGAUGGAGGUUGAUUGGAUCUGUAAGGCCAUUGAGAAGAUGCAGAAGGAGGGCAUCGAGUCUAUUGAGCCUACACAAGUGGCUGCUGAGGGUUGGCGCGAGGAGGUCAUUGCUGUCAGCCAGUAUACUCUGUACUCCAAGACUGAUUCUUGGUACAUGGGUUCGAACAUCCCUGGAAAGAGACGAGAGCCUCUGGUUUAUCUCGGAGGUAUGCAGCGCUGGUGGAAGAGCUGUACGGAUGGCCUGGAGACGUGGCAGGGAUUUGCUACGUCUUGA